AAAACUAAAACAUAAUAAACAAGAAUAGAAUAGAGGUUAAAAAACAAACCACCGUCAACCAAGGCUUAAAAAAGAGUUUAUAAAACAAAGCAUAGGGAGAUGGGUUUGGCACACCGUCCAGCGUAUCACAUCUCAUGAUACAAACACUCUCCUUCAUGUGACUUUCUGGCUCUGCCAUUUGCAAUGUCUCCUCCUCGUCUCUUAUUCAUUCUCUUCUUCCUUGCUUCCUCUUUCUUCUUUCAGAUCUCCUCUGCAGCCCAUGACAAUGUAGAUCCAAAUCUCAACUUUGAAAACCCAAGACUACGCGAAGCCUACAUUGCUUUGCAAGCUUGGAAAGAUGCCAUUUAUUCUGACCCAUUCAACUUCACCUCCAACUGGAAUGGCUCUGAUGUUUGCUCCUACAUGGGUGUUUUCUGUGCACCUUCUCCCUCCAAUUCCUCCAUCAGGGUUGUUGCAAGCAUUGAUCUCAAUCAUGCUGAUAUUGCUGGCUACCUUCCACCUGAGCUCGGCAGACUCACAGAUCUUGCUAUCUUCCAUAUCAACUCCAACAGAUUCUGCGGGGUUGUCCCCACAAGUUUUCGCCGCUUGAAGCUCCUCUACGAGCUCGACCUGAGUAACAAUCGUUUCGUUGGCAAGUUUCCUGAGGUGGUUCUUUCGCUUCCACAACUCAGGUAUUUAGACCUUCGGUUCAAUGAGUUUGAAGGUUCGGUUCCAUCAAAGCUGUUUGACAAGGAUCUAGACGCCAUAUUCUUAAAUGACAACAGGUUCCGUUUUGGAAUCCCUGAGAAUCUUGGAAACUCUCCUGUGUCUGUCUUAGUAUUUGCCAACAAUGAUCUUGGUGGUUGUAUUCCAAGUAGCAUUGGAAAGAUGGGAAAGACUUUAAACGAAAUCAUUCUCAUGAAUGACAACCUCACAGGCUGUUUACCUCCCCAGAUCGGAAUGCUUAAGAAUGUAACGGUAUUUGAUGUGAGCUACAAUCAUCUACAGGGAUCUCUACCAUCAAGCAUCGGCAACAUGAAGAGCUUGGAACAGCUCGAUGUUGCCCACAACAGCUUCACAGGUGUUAUACCCUCAACUAUCUGCCAGCUUCCAAACUUGCAGAACUUCACCUACUCUUUCAACUAUUUCACGGGAGAGCCACCAAGUUGUGCUGCUACUACUACUGGAGGAAAGGUGGUCAACGACGGUACUAUGAAUUGCAUUCCCGGCAAGUCCGAUCAGCGAUCCUCUAAAGAAUGUUCCUCAGGCGCAGCACGUCCAGUGGACUGCAGCAAGUUGCAAUGUAGCAACAGCGGUGGAGGAGGAGGAGGCGGCGGCGGAGGUUCAUCAAGCCCCGUGCCAAGAUUGUCGCCUCCCCCACAAUCAAAGAGAAGCCCCCCCGUUGGAAAGCCACCUGCACCAAGUCGAGCUCACUCACCUAGACCGUUUGUUAGUCCAUCCCCACCACCUCCUACUUCAAAGUCUUCACCUUCAACAAGAUCACAUCCUCCGCCACCUCCCAAAUCAUACCAUUCACCACCUUCUCCUCCUCCACCAACCUACUCUCAUUUUGGAUCACCACCACCUCCUACUCACAGGGUGUCACCAAGAACCAAUCUUCCACCACCUCCUCCACCAGUAUAUCAGGUUUCCCCCAAGCCCAAUCAUAGACCUCCACCCCCUCCUUAUCAACAUAUAACACCACCAACUCAUCAACAUAAUACAUCACCUCCACCUCCUACAAAGAAAGUAUCCCCAAGUACUCAUUAUGCUCCACCACCACCACCAACACCUGUUGAAUACUACCCGCCUCCCAUUCAACAUACGGCACCUCCACCAAGUGAUUCAGCUGAGGCUCCUGUGCCAAGUUAUCAUACUUACAGACCGCCACCACCACCAAAAUAUGAGCAGUCAACACCACCACCACCAUCAGAGCAUUACCCACCAAAGACAGGAAAUCCACCUCCUGAAUCAGCUCAACCGCCAUCACCACCUCCAUCAACUGGCUGCGUCAUUCCAGAACCACCACCACCAAGCCACCACUCAAUGCCAUCACCAUAUGCAGCACCACCUAAACAACAUUCCCAUCCACCAUCAUGGCAUAACCAAAGUCCUCCGCCCCCACCCACACCCACCCACUAUGAAAACACACCGCCACCACCACCACCCUCACAUGACAACACACCAUUGCCACCAAUUGUUGGAGUGUCAUACGCCUCUCCUCCUCCCCCUGUAAUCCCCUAUUACUAACCGUUCUAAAUGACUGUUUCAAAUUCAGAGAAACCUAAAUGCGAGAUAUUUACAUUCUUUUGUUGCAACAAUUAGUGGGGCAUAACCCAGUGCAGUGCAGCAAUGAUCCCUUCUAUAUUGUGUGUUUUUUGUUAAGCAGUAUUUUAUUUUUUAUUAAUUUAUUUUCUAUAUUUUCUUUCUAAGAGAUUGCUGUGUAGCAAUAAUAUAUAUUCCAUCACCUCUGUUAAUUA